AUGAGGAGGCACAAAUAUGCUACCCAAAGGGCUUCUAAAAUUCCAAAUGACCCUAUUGAUUCCAAUACUGAGCAUCUGUCAAGUCCAAUAGAUGAUAGUGACUUGGACAUGGAGUGGAGAAAAGGAAGUCUUGACAGUUCGAGAAAAGAAGAAGACACAUCUGAUAGUGACUUGGACAUGGAGUGUGAUGAAGCUAACAAAGAUGACUUAUAUUAUAGUGAUGAGGAUGGUCACAUUGGUUGCAAAAGAGCGCAAUGUUCAAAAAAAGAGGUUGAUCCAAACUCUGAAAUGCCAGUUUCAGAGGUUGAGCCAAUUUACAGGAAUGGGAAGAUAAUGCUUAGGUUGUGGAAAAAAUUCAGGGACCACAAGCACUUUUGGGAUGUGUUGAAAGAUUUUGCUAUUCAGGAAGGAUUUGAGUUGCGAAAAGUGAAGCAUGCUAGAACCAGAGUGACUUCAACUUGUCGAGCAGAAGGAUGCUCAUGGAGGAUCCAUGCAUCCUUAUCGCCUGAUAAAAGAAAAUUUAUCAUCAAAACAUAUAAUCCAGAGCACAAAUGUCAGUGUGUAGUGAAGAAUAGGAUAGCAACAUCAGGCUGGAUUGCAAAGAAGCUUUUGAAGAGUUUUGCAAGAACACCUGAUUUGAGUUUGCAAAAAAUGAGGGAUGAGUUGAAAGACAAUUUUGGCAUUGAAGCCACUAACAAACAACUAUGGAAAGCUAGACAGAAAGCAAGAGGAGAUGUGGGAGGUGGUUAUGUACAGUCUUAUGCAAAUUUAAGACGAUAUGCUGUUAUGGUUCAUAACACUAAUCCCAGAAGUUCUACUAUUGUACAGAGCCAGCUGGUGUCAAUCAUGAGUGAGGAAGAAGGAACAAUGCAGCCACAGUUCAAGCGUAUUUUCAUAUGUUAUGAAGGGUUCAAAAGUGGGUUCUUAGCUGGAUGCCGACCAUUUUUUGGCUUAGAUGGUUGCCAUUUGAAAGGGCCAUACAAGGUCAUCUUCUUUGUUGCUGUAGAGGUUGAUGCAAACCUCCACUUUUACCCUCUUGCUUAUGCAAUCGUGGAAGCUGAAAAUACAGAAAGUUGGCGUUGGAUUUUAAAGCAAUUAAUCAGAGAAAUUGGGGAAACGACCAAUGGUCAGCCAUGGUGUAUCAUGAGUGAUAGACAAAAGGGUUUGAUUGAGGCUGUGGCAGCCAUCCCAAAUGCAGAACAUCAUUAUUGUUGUUUUCAUGUCGAGAACAACAUGAUAAAAAAGUUUGGUACAUCACAACUUAGAGGCAUGUUUUGGGCAGCACUUGAGACAGCAAAUUUUGACAAUUUUAAGCAUAUAAUGGUCAUGAUAAAGCAAUUCAAUAUGGAGGCACAUGAGUGGUUGUCAAAUAUAGACUUUGGCCAUUGGACUUUGAGCAAGUUUGACACAAGAACAAAGGUUGAACACCUCACAAACAAUUUUGUUGUGUCGUUUAACGAUUGGAUAGAGGAGCAUCGCUACAAGCCUCCCAUUGAAUUGUUGGAAGGGUUAAGAAUAAAACAUGCAGAAAUGUUGUGUACACGGAAAGAUGUAGAUGAAAGAUGGGAGCAGAAGCUCACUCCAAGGGUCCAUCUAAAGGUAAAUGAAUUGCUCAAGAAAAGUCGACUAGCACAUGUAACUAGGGUUGGUCAAGAAGAAUUUUAG